UUCAACGUUUGCGAUACUUUGUAAGAGUGUGACCGAUAGUUGUGAAAAUUACACUGGUUUUUAAUCCAUGUUUCCAUUUUUUAUUAACAAAAUUGACAAGACUUGUCUUCUCGAGAAAAAUUCAGCCACUGAAUAAAUGCAAUUAUCGGAAAAGAAUUGACAGGCGCAGUGCAGUAACUUAAUGAGAUUAUUCAAAUUCCAAUGAAAUUUUAAUAUCUCACAUUUUGAAAGGCUUCUGUUACGUAAAUUUAAACCAGAGGUUACGUAUUUUAGGUUUUUACGAUGGAGUGUGAAAAGGAAAUCGUUGAAUUACGGGAGAAGAUUAAAUGCAAUCAGUCGGAGGUCAAUGUUGAGAAGUUUGAGUUGUAUCAUCGGGAGAUUAGAAAUGAAUUGUUGUUAAAACGGAAUCAAGUGGUACAGUUGAGAAAAGAGCUCGAUAAUGCUAAUUCAAAAGUUUUCGACUUAAACAGACAGUUAGAAGCUAACAAGUCAGUAUUGAAAGAAACAGAAUUUAACUUGAAACUGGCGUUGAAUAAGUCUAAUACAGUGGAGGAAAAAAUGAAAGAUAUUAAUGAGUCUCAUGCCACUUUAAAAUUAAAAGAAGAGAUGAGAAUGUCAGAAACUAAAAUUUUGAAUGAGAAUAUUCAAAAAAUUGCGCACGAAAAACAGUGUUUAUCCCGGGAGGCAGAGGAAUUGAAAGAUAAAUUGAAAUAUUCUCGCGCUUUUCAAGAUGAGCUUGAAGAUCGACAAUGUAAAAUUAAUACGAUAACAACAAAAAUUAAAGAGAGUUCAGAUAAAUUGGAAAAGGAACAUGACGUAAUAAAAGAACUUAACAAAAAAUUGCAAAGUGCCGAAGAAUUUAAAAAUGUAUGUCAGCUCCUGAGUGAAGAGAAUUCGAAACUGAAAAAUGAAUACAUUAAAUUGGAAGAUGCGUACAUUGAAAAUUGUGCAAAAUACGAGACUUUGAAUAACUGCAUUACUCGUCAAAGGAACGCUAAUCAGUUGAAGAUUUUGGAAAAAAUUAAAUUUCUGCGGUGRGAAAGUCAUUACAAGAAACUCCAGGAAAAAAACUUCGAAUAUGAGCAAAUCAUCGCUAAACUCAGUCGUACUUUAGACCAGGAAAUCGAAGCAAACACUAAACUGAUUUUGCAGAAUGAAGCAUAUGAAAGUCGUAUUCACGAGUUAGAAGAAAAGCUCAAUAUUGUUAAAAUAGAGAAAAAGGAAGGAGGUAUUGUCGAGGAGAUUAUUGAAAUUGAAUAAAAUAACAGUUCCAAAAAUUUAUUU